AUGCUGCUGGCCGAAGCCGAAGAUCCCUUUUGGCAGUCGAUCGUAGAUCAACUGGGAGUAAAACGCUCUAACGAUCCUCUUGACGAAUGCUAUCAAGAUGGGUUCGACAGACUCAUGGAUCGGGCUGACACCCUGCUCAGCCUUGCCAACGAAAAGUUGCAUACCUUUCCCUUCAAGAACGUCAAACCCUGCUGGUUCCGACUCUAUACCGAUGCCAGUCUUGCUAAGGCCUUGAAGCUGAUACCGCAUCUUCGCUCCACGUCUAGACCCUCCUCUCCGCCAGAAGCCCUCGAAUCUCGUCUCGACGAGAUUGUAUCCCUUCUGGACAUGGCUUUGAUUAUGGCAGGUGGCUUGGGCCGAGAGGACAUGAUACACAGCAUCUUGCAGAAAAUCGGGACAGCAACCAAGCAUGACCAGACUAACUUGGAGCGGCCCUCGAAGAAACGAAGGACUGGGGACUAUGCGGCUGGCGAGCCUAUAUCUGCUGAUCUGCUACCCAAUGUAGAGAUCUCGGUCCCCAGUCUUCGGUUCCCAGUUCCACGGAUGGUACGACCCUCGAUGACGGAGUUUUCCAAAUCCAUGAAUACCGAGAAAUCCCCGGUUCUGCUAACUGAGGUCCUGGAUCAUUGGCCAGCGCUUGAAAGAUGGAAGCGAAUAUCAUACUGGCUUGAUCAGACCAUAGGCGGACGUCGCCUCGUCCCUAUCGAAGUUGGCCGUAGCUAUACCGAUGAUGACUGGGGUCAACAAAUUGUGCGCUUUCGAGAAUUCCUGAGCCGAUACAUUCUAUCACGAUCGGGCAGCGAUGAUGAAGCCAAAGAAGAUAUCAAGACUGGCUACCUGGCACAACAUGACCUUUUCAGGCAGUUACCUGCGCUGCGCAACGAUAUUGCGAUACCCGAUUAUUGCUUCCUCGACGCCCCGCCGGCCCAAUCAGGCACUCCAGUUUACCUGAGCAAACUCAAGGAGAGCUCGGGCAAGAAGAUCAGCAAUUCAACUGCGCAUUCAUCCCUUUCAGGUCUUUCAGGUGCUAUGCCUAGCGGUGAGAGUAGGCAGGUCCGUGAUGCUGACGUCGCAGACGGUGACGGAGAAGUACAUACUAAUAUCUGGUUUGGCCCGCCGUGGACUAUAUCACCGCUUCACCAUGAUCCUUACCACAACAUCUUGUGCCAAAUAGUGGGCAAGAAGUACAUCAGGCUGUAUUCACCCCAACACAGCAAGCGUCUGUUGCCCAAGAGUCCAGACGAGCCUGCUCCGCAUGUCUCUCAAAGUCGAACGGCCGCGGGCGAGGUGAUUGCCACUCCGAAAGAAGGCCAAUGUAGUGAGACCAUCGACAUGUCGAAUACCUCACAAAUCGACAUUGCUGCGAUAGAAUUGUCACCUCACGAAGAUUGGGACGAGGUUUAUCCCGGAUUCAGUCAAAUCCCGUAUACGGAAUGUAUUCUUGAAGCUGGCCAAGCUCUCUACCUACCAAUUGGCUGGUGGCACUACGUACGGAGCUGCUCAGUGGGCAUCAGCGUCAGCUUCUGGUGGUAG